CAGCCUCUCAUUCUCAGUUGCCCUUUGCUCCAGCAGCAGCAACAGACCUUUUUUUUUGCUUUGACUCUCCACUGGGGACUGUACAGGACUCUUAUCUCUGCUGAGGAUUUUUGUUUUGUUUUGGCACUACAUCAUGGAGGCCACCAAUGGGGAAUAUGUUGACAGUUAUGAGUAUUACGAUGACAAUGAAACUGCUUGUGACUACUCAGAGUGGGAGCCCUCUUACUCUCUUAUCCCAGUGCUCUACAUGCUGAUUUUUAUCCUGGGCCUGUCAGGUAACGGUGUGGUCAUCUUCACGGUGUGGCGAUCCAAGUCUAAGCGCCGGGCCGCAGACAUUUACAUCGGGAACUUGGCCCUUGCUGACCUCACUUUCGUUGUAACCCUACCUCUCUGGGCUGUGUACACAGCUUUAGGCUAUCACUGGCCAUUUGGUGUGGCUCUGUGCAAGAUAAGCAGCUAUAUUGUUCUGGUCAACAUGUACGCCAGUGUCUUCUGCCUCACCUGCCUGAGUUUUGACCGCUACCUGGCCAUUGUGCACUCCCUAUCCAGCAACAAGCUGCGCUCCAGAGGCACCAUGCUGGCAUCCCUAGGUGCCAUUUGGUUCUUGUCUGGCCUCCUGUCUGUACCCACACUGCUCUUUAGAACCACUGUGCAUGACAUCAACAGCAAUCAGACCACAUGCGCCAUGGACUUCAGCCUGGUGACCAUAAACAGGGGGCACGAGACCCUUUGGAUCGCUGGUCUCAGCCUGUCCUCCUCUGCCUUGGGGUUUCUCCUGCCCUUUUUGGCCAUGACCAUCUUCUACUGCUUCAUUGGCUGCACUGUCACUCGCCACUUCAACAACCUGCGCAAGGAGGACCAAAAGAAGAAGCGCCUGCUCAAGAUCAUCACCACACUAGUGGUGGUUUUUGCUAUCUGCUGGAUUCCCUUCCAUGUGCUAAAGAGCCUGGAUGCCCUCUCCUACCUGAAUCUCGCCCCGAGCUCCUGCGGCAUCAUGCGUUUCGUGCUGCUGGCUCACCCCUAUGCCACCUGCCUGGCCUACGUCAACAGCUGCCUCAACCCGUUCCUGUACGCCUUCUUUGACCUGCGCUUUCGCUCCCAGUGCUUGUGCCUGCUCAACCUCAAGAAGGCCAUGCACGGCCAGAUGACCUCCAUGUCGUCCACUCUCAGUGCCCAGACUCAGAAGUCGGAGAUUCAGUCUCUGGCAACCAAAGUUUAGAGACUAAGAAAAGCAAUGAAGCAUGGCUGCAAGACAGUCCCAGCUCUAACCAAUGGAACACUUGUUAGUUAUGUGCCGGUUGUUUAAAGCUGGUAAGGAGACAUGAAAUUUGAACUUUUACUGCCUUCAGUCAUGAAUUCCAAUGUAUGCCCAUCCUAUUCUGUAAUGAGAAGUUGAUGCUCUGUGUGUUGUGUGGACUUACAUUGCUGGAGCCAGCUGGCUGAGCUCUUUGGCUGCACUGGUCCUCCAAUUCUCAGAGAAAAAACUCUAUAUUUUGUUGUUUUGUCUCCACAGGAGUUUUGAUUUGUAAACUGAAACCUAUAUACACUGGAUGAAACAUAUGACUGUACAGUAUUUUCAUACCCUUCUUGUCCACAUCUGUUGCUGUUUUGUUUUCUAAGCACUUGUCAGGAUUUAGUGAGCAGGGAGAUCAAACAGAAAGCCUGAUGGCAGAUGGAGGGAAGUGUAAGAGGAGAAAAGGUGUUGCAGCUUAAUUAUAUAGUUUGUGGAGUAGAAACAGAGGGGGGGGGGUGGGUAGGAGAGGGGCAUGUGGUGGUUGACAAAUGUUGUAGAACAGGAGCAGGUCGGGGUGGGGUGGUUGGAGAGGGGUUUUUGGUGUAGUUGCCGCACUAAAAGUAGGGAAAUGCAACCUUAAAAAUGUUUCACACUGAUGUAUAUGUUGUAUUUUUUGACACCACUGUAACUAACUACUGCAUUAAAGACCUGUGCUCCAAA